GACAGUCGACGAAUGACGACGGAUGUAGAUAAUGAGGAGCAGAGAAUAGAGUGAGAAUGAGAGAAUGUCGAGCAGAUAGAAGAGGACGGAGACAGUGAGUGUAAUUUCGAUACCGAAAAGGUUGUGUACAGACGAGAGUGGGAGGUAAAGCAAUACAAGCAAACAUCAGUACAACAGUAGUCCUUGCACUGGCCAUCUUGGCCAUGGACAACUAGCAUAGGCACCAGUAGUCUAGUGAAUAUGGCCGCAAACAAUGGUAAUGGUUAUUGAAAUAAACUUUGCGCGUUUGUCUCUCUUAAAAUUAACUUGUCAACAAAGUUGUCUUAUAAAUAAAACUGUUCCUUAGAUUAUUGUCUAUCGUUUAUACUAAUAAAUUUAAUAGAAAAUAAAAAAAGUGACUUGAUUGCUAUCGACUUCUCAUGCUGGACAGGAAGCUACAGGAACACAGUAUUAUGGCAACUGCUGUUCAAACGAAUGGUAUGAAUCCACUUACGAAUGGGAGCAUGAAUCAUGUUGAGGAUCACCAGAGUUUGGAUAUAAAAAACGAGAUCGAUGACAACGCCGAGGACAAUAAAAUUUACAAAUUCCCCUCAGAUAUUCCUAUGGAGGAGCCAGAACCGCAGCCGGAGAUAGACAUUCUUAUAAGAAAUGUCGUGUGUAGUUUCAGCGUGAGAUGUCAUCUCAAUUUACGCGAAAUUGCGCUAAAUGGCGCUAAUGUGGAGUACAGAAAAGAAAAUGGGAUGAUUACGAUGAAGCUAAGACAUCCAAAUGCGACAGCAUCUAUCUGGUCCUCGGGUAAAGUAACUUGCACUGGUGCUGAAACGGAGAAAGAGGCCAAAAUCGCUGCUCGUAGAAUCUCAAGAUCUUUACAGAAACUCGGAUUCAAAGUUCGAUUUAGUAACUUCCGAGUUGUCAACGUCUUGGGUACUUGUUUAAUGCCAUGGGCCAUUAAAAUUACAUCCUUUUCAAUGCAUCAUAAAGAAAAUGCUGACUACGAACCAGAAUUACAUCCAGGUGUAACAUACAAACUCAAAGAGCCGAAAGCAACGCUAAAGAUUUUUUCAACGGGCAGUGUUACAAUAACAGCGCCUAGUGUCGACGCAGUUCAAACGGCAAUUGAGCAAAUAUUUCCGCUAGUCUACGAAUUUCGUAAGAAACGUUCGCCAGAAGAAGAAGCGGCACUAAAAGCGAAGAAAAGUAAAAAUGAAGCGAGAUAUAAAAAAGAAUAUAUCGAUGACCCGGAGAUAUUAGCUGCUGAGCACGUGGUGACUGAUGAUGAAGAGAUGCCGGUUGACAGCGACGCCAGUGGAGACUGAUUUAUUUAAAUUUAAUUAAUCUUUUCUCUUCACAUUAGUGUUUAUGUUUUAUUAAAUCUUAUUUUUCUCUAUUUUCCAUUUCUCUCUUUGAUGAUGACAGUACAGAUUUUUUUUCAAUGAUAACUUAUGUCGAGGGUGUUUGCAUCAGUGAAGUGAUGGCAUCAGCUGCUACUGAAAAUUAUUUUUCAAUACUUAUUUUUUUUUUUUUUUUUAAUUCUUUUGUCGAGCGUCGCGAGUGCCAGGUGUAGAUUGAAUUAUUGGAAAGAAAGAGAAAGGACUAUUCAGAGUUACUCUGAUAAAUUUAAAGAUAAAAUAUAUCACCGUAAUAUCAGCAUGUAUGUUUAAAAAAAUUAUUUAAAAACGAUGCGUUAAUCGUCCUAGCAAUACUGACUUGAUUAAUUAAAAUUAUAUUUAAUUGUUUACAUUUGUAAGUCACGGGAGAUUUGUCAGUUUGGAAAAAAGCUUUUUUUGAAAAUAUUUUACAUAUUUAUCAACUGAUUGAUAAUAAUGUCUAUUAAUUACUAAUCAAUGAAUAAUAAUUAUAUAUUAUUUGAUAAAUACUCGAGGUAAAUAAAUUUCAAAAGUAGCUUUUUUAUGUGUAAUUUAAAUCUGACGAAUCUCCUGUUAAAUUAAAAUUAAAAAUCAUUGAAAAUAGAAAAAAAAUUUAAAAACUGUAACCACAUAAUUGUAAUUGUGGGGAUUUAAAAAAUAAUCUGGCUAUUCUAGUGCUUACUGUGCCGCCUUCGAUCAAAAUAAUUGUAAUACGUGCGCGUCUUCACUUUGCUAUUCUCUAUUUCACUUCUAUCUUCUCUAUUAUUUUUUUUUAUUUCAUUUUAUUUUAUUUUUUUUUUCUUAAUUGUAUUGUGCCAAAGAUGGAUGUUCUAAAUUCAAAGCAGAGUGAUAAUUAGCAAACUUGUUUAGCGUGCACUUUUGUCUAAUUUAAAUCCGCAACAAGUUAUUAUUUUAUUUUUAUGAUGCUGAAGUUAGUCGACGUCAAAUAAUUUUUUGAUUUUUUUUUUUUACAAUAAAUUAGAAAAAAAAUAUUUGAAAAAAUUGCACCUGUAGUUUAUUAAAUUUUCUACAUGUGCAUAUUUUUAUUUUUUUUUUUUUUUUUAAUUAAGUCGUUGAAAAAAAAAUUCGAAAAUUUUUAUCUGCUAACUUCAGGAUCAUUUAUUUUUUUCAUUCAAAAUCAUUAUCACAAUAUCAUUAAUUAUUAACUAUUAAUGAUUAUAAACAAAAUAAUUAAUACGUGGCAGUAUUUUUUCGUUCUGUAAUUAUUUAAUACAGCUUAGUUUAAUUAAAAAAAAAAUCAAUUAAUUUAUAAACUAACGUGGAUAUUUAUUGAAAUAAAGUACGAGUUUGCUGUUCGCUAAAUCCUGGCGGAGAAUUAUUUAGUUUAAAAAUAAUUUUAAAAAACAAUACGAAAGAGUAGUCCAUCCCUGCUCUAGCAUUUGUAAUAAUUAUUAUUAAUUAGUUGAUUGAUUACUUUUACUAUUGAUUGAUUAAUUAAUUAGUUAAUUAAUUAGGUAACUAAUUACCUAUCAUUGUAUCUUUAGUAGAUAGUUAUAGACGUAAUGAUUAAUGUGAGACUUUGUUUGUUUUUGUUGUUAAAUUAAUUGUCUUGUUAUUUUCGACUGUUAAAAAACUGUUUGACACCAUGAAGUUUAAAAAAAUAAUAAUAAUUAACGAUCUCAAUCACGAGUUUGGUGACUAAGUAUCAGCGACUCAUUGCCGAGUAAAAUAGACUACUUGUAUCUGUAAUGUCUUGCACAAUUAACAAAAAAACGUAAUUAUAAUCGCAAUUGUUUUAUAAUUAUAUAGACUAAAACAAAUGUUCAAUAAUAUAAAUGUUAAAUGUGUGUCAGUUUCAUAAAUCUGCUCAUUCAAAUAAUUAUUUAUCAAUUAUCAUCAAUUUGUACCGAGCGCUAACCAUCUAAGUCUCAAUUUAUUUAUCUUUUAUUAUUUAUUCAUCAUUCAUUUUUUGUUCUACUAACUACUAUUAUUAUUAUUAUUAUUAUUAUUAUUAUUAUUAUUAUUAAUAAAUAUUAUUAUUAUUUUAUAAGUUAUUUUUACAAUAAUCUUUUUUUUUUUUUUUAGACAAAUGACUAGAAUUAAUAAUUGAAUGUGAUGUAUGAAUGUAUCUGAGUUUAUUUUUAUUAAUAAAUUCAUCAAAUUGAGGCGGUUAUAUAAAAAAAAAAUAAAGAUUAAUUAAAAAGUAAAAUAAAAUUGUAGAUUUACAUUACACAGCUUGUCUUUAAGUAGUGACUAUAUGAACAUUUAAGGAGGAAGCUGGUCUGAGAUAAAAAAAAAAAUAGCGUAUUAUUGUAAUUUUUUUUUUCAGAGUUCUUUAUUAAAAUUUUCAAAAUUUGUGACAUUAUUAAGCAGCAUUCCAAGAAUAUUCUGAGAAAUUUUCAGAAAAAAAUAUUAAAAAAUAAGUCAGUGGUAGUGGGGAGAGACGAGUCACUUAAAAAAAGUCUCCAUGCCGUAGGCAGGAUAACUCAUGACUGUCUCAUCUGAAUUAAAAAAAACCAAAAAGAUUUCUUUCGUACAUAAGUUUAUCUUAGAUUUGAACAAAAGAAAAAGAACAAUUUUUGGCGAAAAUCAGAGUUUUUUUAUUGCACCUUUACCAAAAAUUCAAAAAUGAAUAUUUUGUUUAUUCCUUCGUUCAAAUUCAAGAUAAACUUAUGUACUAAAGAAAUCUUUUGGUUUUUUUAUUUCAGAUGAAGCAGUCAUGAGUUAUCCUGCCUACGGCAUGGAGACUUUUGAGGUGACUCGUCUCUCCCCACUACCACUGGCUUAUUUUUCAAUAUUUUUUUUCGAAAAUUUAGCAGAAUAUUCUUGGAAUGGUGCUUAAUAGUGUCACAAAUUUUGAGAAUUUUAAUAAAGAGCGUACUCUGAAAAAAAAAUCAUAAAAAUAUCCUCUUUUUUAUAAGUGUGAAUGUAGCAGACAUCAAAUUCAAAAUUAUUAAUAAAUACAGUAAAUAAUUUCAAAAAUAAAAUUAAAAAAAAUGUGCAUCUAAAAACUUUUGAAAUUAAUAAGUGCAUUUUUUGGAAAUUUUACUUUUUCAAUUUUUUACUCUACUUGUUAUUAAUUUUAAAUUAGUCUGAUGUCUGCUACAUUUACACUCAUUCUUUAUUUGUAUCUCCGACCCGCUUCCCCUCUUGAUUAAAUAAAUUUAAUUACAACAUUUAAUUUUUAAAAUUAAUACAAACAAUUACUGUCACUUCUAAUUAAUAUAUUUUUAUUAUCAAAUAAUUACUUUCUCUUUCUCUUGUGCCAUAGCGAGCUGACAUUUUUAUUUUACCUGGCAGUCUUGUGCUUUUUUUUUAAUUAUUUACAUGAUAAAUAAAUUUAUUUAUUUAGUAAUUGACUUGUUCAUUCAUUCAUUUAAUUAUUUUUUGAUAUUUGGAAGCUAAGUCACUGCCUCCGAGCUCGUCUUAAACUGGCACUUGUCUAAUGUCAAUAUAAUGCGCUAAUUUAAAUAAAAAUAGUAACAAUAAUUAUAAUAAUAACAAAAAACUACCGAUUAAAUUACAAUGCUAAUACUUAAGAUAAUAAACAAAUAAUAAAAAAUAUUUAAUCUUUUCAAUACAUGAUAAUACACAAAAAAUUACGAUAAUUGUUUUUUCAAAAUUUUAUUUUAUAAAUUGGAGUAAUAAAUCAGGGUACUGUAGCAAAUACACUUUUUUAAAAAUUAAAAUUACAACAAAAUUGUAACCGCAUAGCAAUUAAUUGAAGGCAGUUUUAAUGCGGCAAUAAAUUAUAAAUAAAUCUUAUACGUCUGAAGUCACGUGUAUUUCGCUGUUAUUUUAAGGAGAUGAUUUACGAUAAUAAUUCAAUUUAUAUGAAUAUUGAAUCUCAAAAUAUCAUAAAUUAUAAAUUUUGAAAAAGCAAUUGCACUAGAGCGAGUAAAAAGGUGCGUUAAAUAAAUAUAAGAGUAGAAAAAUAUAUUUAUAGACGUAGAUUAUUGUGACGUACACAUGGAAAUUGACAUUCGGUCUGAUCACUCAGAUUAUUCACGAGUAAAAUGAAUUAAACGUAAUAAUAGUAACAAUAAUUAUAAUAAUAAUGAUAGAAAAUGAAUAUAUAUAUAUAUAUUAAAUGAACAUUAACGGUGCCUGAGAAAGAUCAGCCAGUCAUUAAUUCGAUUAAAGACAUAUAUUGAUGUAUGUAACACAUACUUCUUUAUGUGUAACAAGACUGCUGUGAGAUGUAAAGAAAAGUAAUCAAGUUUGUAUGUAAAUUGGAGGUAAUAAAAAGUUUGACUCUGA